CAAAAUGCUGUGAUGUUAUAGGUGUUGAUUAUCUCCACCAUGUGGGCAUUCCCAGGUUCUGCAGCAGCUGCCUUCAUGAUAUUAAAUGGGAUGGAGAGUCUUCUUAGUCAUCAAUACUUUGAAACUGAAAACAGGACAGAGAUGAACUCUGAUGUUAUCACUGCAAUCUUGCCUUUAAUGAACAACACCAACCUCACAGAGCCUGUCAAUUUUACCAUCCAUCACAAGAAGGCAGUACCUGAAUCUGGUUUGGUAACCUGUGUGUACUGGGAGGACAAAACACAGGAGACAGGAGUGGAGGAAGGGAGUGAAAAAGGAGGAGAAAAGACUAAGACUAUGCGUUGGUCAGUAGAGGGCUGUUGGGUUGCAUACACUAAUGAAAACUACACAGUGUGCAGCUGCUCUCAUCUCUCCACAUUUGCCCUCAUCCUGCAGAUAGGGGAGCCUCCACCAGAGAAUCCUUUCUUAGACUGGCUGAACCGGAUGUGUGUGAUGGUUGGACUAUUCUUCUUUGCGUUAGCUGUCCUCACCUUCCUCCUGUGUAGCUGGAACCCCAAGAUCAACCACACAGCCCGUCUUCACCUCUGUCUCAGCCUGGGCUUAUCUCAUCUACUGCUGCUGUGGAAUGACAGAUAUCUUGAACAUAAGGUACAGUAA